AUGCAGUAUGAGAAGCCCGGCGGGGUCAUGCAUGAGGUGAUCCGACGCGCCUUUGAUGAGCUGCGUCUACACAACAAUGCACAGGGCGCGGUCACCAUCGUCACAUUCGCUCUUGCGAACGCAGAGGGACUGCCGCUGCUGAAGUCGGGCAAGGAUCUCAAUGGAAACACCACACCAAGCACGCCGCGAGCAGUGUCAUCGCGUAGCGACAACAUCGUGGUACGUCCCCGUGACACCAGCGCUGCUGCCGCUGAUGCUUCCAGUGCGAGCAGCAGCAACCAGAACGACUACGACCCUAACGCGCUCCGCCCACGUCUGGGUGGGACCUCGAGCAUGACCCGUGUGGCGCACGCCGCGUCGAUUCAGUGGCUCACCGCCGGGGGCAUCAGCGCCGCUAUGGCUUCCCCAUCUCUCGUGUCUAGCAGCAACCCCAUCGCGUCACUGCCUCCCGGGAGCGCCGAGUGUCUGAACAAGCCACACCACUUCAAUCGGACGCAAGUGCUGCGGCUUCUGCUCAUCCGAUGCGAAGCCUACAGCGCCAUGAGGCAGCACAACUGCGCACUGCAGGAUGCGCUGAACGCGGUCGAGGUAUCGGAAGGCCAGUCCGCGGAGGCGUACUUUGCGGUUGGUCGAGAGCAGCGCCGGCAGUUCAACAUUGUGGAGUCCGCCAGAGCGUUUGACACAGCAGAGGCGUUACUGAACUCCAUGCAGCAGGCCAUUGCGGCUGGACGGCACGUGGUGGACGGGUGGAUCCAGGAAACGGUGUCGGAGGACUUCUGGGCCGAGCGCGGCUACCAGAUGUCAGAGGUUCGAGCACUCGGCAUCACACAGCGCGAGUAUGAGCUGCAGGAACUCGCCGGGUACCGUAAUGGUCUGUCGAACUCAGGUAGUGCCCCGUCGAUCCCUCUUGGCCACGGACGCACUGAUCCGCUAAACUCGCUGAUAAGCAGCAGCAGUGGGCGUGAGCAUGGGCGCGGUGUCGAGCCGUCAUGUGCCGGUGCCAGUGGCUCGCAGUGCGAGAUGUCGACCUCCCUGAAAGACUGCGCGGCGAGCGUUACCUUCACAGGCGAGAGCGGCGCUGACGGCAACGCGGCGGGUGCGGAGAGCUAUGCGUGUGACAUGCUGCAGUGCGGUAUGUCUUCAAACGAGCUCGCCAUGUGGCGCCGUCUCUCCAAUGAGUCGCGGGCGCUGCUUGCCAUGCGCCAGUCCCACACCGUGCCGUCAACGCUGCUGGGGGCGACCAUGACCCUGCUGGAUCGGGGUCUCGCGAGCAUUCGCGGUGGCCUCGCUGUCUCUCUAGAAAAUAACUUGAGCGUCCCCCUGCGUUUCGUUGGUGCAAUGGCACCAGACGGGCUCUAUCACGACGCCUUCAGUUUCCCCGACUUCAUCGACAAGGCGCACUGCGGCAUCUCAAUGCUCCACCCACGCGGGUGGGGUGGCUACUCUGGCUGCGUCUGCUACGAACUGCACGAACACUUGAGCUGCUUUUUUUAUUUUGAAUGUCCACUGCUGGGCUCGCUCAAGUAUGGCGUACGCUUCGUCGACCACCGCGUCUCUGACCUGCGCCGCGCCUUCGCAGAGGUGUACAAGGAGACGGGUGUCUACGGCAUCGAGGGCGGCACAACGGCUUUGGCCAUCACACCGCCACCGCACCCCAACAGCGUCACGGCGGGCGGACACAAUGGCUCCCACAUCGGGGGCGGUGUGUUGGUCCGUGGCGCGACGACGCCGCUCACGACGACGGUGGCUAGCAUGAAUGCGGCGCGGGCGGCGAUUCGCACACCACCGUCGGGGAUCUGGACUGCGUCGCACACUGCAGCGUCCCCGUCGAAGCGCCCGAUAAAGGCCACGGCACGUCUGAAUGGCAAUCAGGCCAUCGCCUUCACACUUUCCGAAGUCCUGGCCUUGCGACUGCGCAGUGUGGAGCUGUUGCCUGCUCUCGAGUACGUUGGCGCGACGACGCUCAAAAAGAUGAGCUACGUCAGCCAGCGCUACAGGGAACUCGUGAACAACCUGCCACCGCCAAUGUUCUACGGCACUGGGCGUCGCUCCUACCCGGACUACUGCGUCGCCUCCGACCGGUUCAACUCGCCGUGGAUUGUGCGUGACGUGCAGCCAGUCACGUGGAAGCUCGUCUUCGACGGCCGCCUCGCCGACCAGGAGGAGUUCUCUAUAUCGGCUGAGAGUGACAUGCAAAAACAUAUCCUGUGCUUUUCGGCUGAUGCGCAGACAAAGGUGACGGGCUACGUGUACUUUGGCGACAAGCGGUGCCUGCAGUACAUCAUCAAGGAGAGCUGGAUCCCGUUCAGCAACACGCUCUACAUCUCCACCCCCGUCGGCAGAACCUUCGCCAGUUGCGUAGCAACGAACAACCAAACCCAGUUCACUAUGUCGCUCACGAGCAGCAGCGGAAGUGGCGGUAGCGUGAGGGGAGGCGCGGCCAAGGGCGGCGAUGAAAUGCUGUACUCGGCACGCAAGCGUGUGCAACCGCCCAGCGAUGCUGCCACGCCGACCGCGCGUACCGGGGCCACCGUUGUGACAGCCACAGCUAUUCCAGCCGGAGUCGUGAGCGGAAACGGAAACGGCCUCCACAGCAGUCGUAGCACAGCGCCCGCCACGCUUGGUGUUGAUUCUGGCGCUGUCACGGGCAUUGUGGAGGGCGCUAGCGACGUCGGUGGCAAUGCGGCAAGACGCGCCAUGGUUGCUACGGCCGUGGACGCAGCAUCGAUGAAAACCAGUGACAGCUCUGGUGGGUUGGGUAUGCUCUCCUUGCCGGUGACAGCGGGGGGGAUCGCGAGGGCGACUGUUUACUCUCCAAAUGCCGUACCCUCCUCAGCUCCGAAGCAGCCGUCUUCGGAGACUGCGUCUAACGGCACCACUGUUACAGCUGCGGCAGCGGUCUCCUCGACGUCUGGAAAGCCGGAGUACUACAGCAUCUGGCGCCCACAGCGCGUCAGCGGUGGAGCCGUCGUCGGGAGCACCUCGCCAGCCACGACGAACGGCGGCGCCGACAUUGUAGCCGAAGUGAAGGUAAACCCCGUGCUCUACGGCAUGGUGGUCAAGGGCUACUGCGCAGCCGAGAUUACGCUCUACCCUGGCGCGGAUGCGAUGCUCGUGUCACUCAUGUCAUUCUUUAUGACACGGUGGUAG